AUGGAGGGCGAUGAGGUUAUCGGCACACCAAAGCAUCCCAACUGGCUGCAAAUGGUGCGCAUUAAGGAAGGGGAAGUUCCCCGUGUGAUCGCCUCUGUUUCAACUAGGCUCUCCCGCUAUCGUCCCGCUAUGUGUCGUGACAUCGUCGACCAUCGCGACAUCCUCAUCCUCUCCCUCUUUAGUGGGGGUGAGGUUCUCAACCUCAUGAAUGUCUAUUCUGACGACCAACACACAGCCAUUGAGCACCUUGCUGCUCAUGUGCAUUCUCUCCCACCUUUCAUUUAUAUGGCAGGCGACUUCAAUUGUGUGUUGACGACUUGGGAUGACUAUGAGCAUGGCAAGUCGUCGAUGGCAAUAUCCCUGCAGGACACCACAUCUCAGAUUGGCCUCGAGUGGGCACGACCUUCUAACCACGGACCGACGAGGAUCUUAAUCUCGAUGCCCAGAUUGGAGCACGAUCUCCAGGGUCCAUCAAAUCAUGUCCCAAUUUGUACGGAUCUUGACAUCAGUCCUGAACUGCCCAGAUUUGGAGACACGUGGCUCGCCCACUCGACCGAGUCCAAACCUACCAAGCACUCCAAGUCCUGGUGGACAGACAAGUGUUUGGUGACAUUUGGAGUAUAUCAGUUGAGCAGCUCGCUGGCUGAUUACAAUGAGUUCAAGAAGGCAUAUAAAGACGCCAAGCGUGAUUUCUUUGAUGAACACAUCCCAGAAAUCACUACUUCUGGCAAGCACCCAUGGGACCUAAUGGAAUGGGUCAAACAGAGCAAGCUGCCACCCUGUGAGGCUAUUCGCAAUGGCAAUCAGCCUUGUCAUGAUAUGGACGACCUUUGGGACGCCCUCCAUGGCACGUACAACUUGGCCUCUGGUCAUGAGUACGAUGCCUCUGUUUUAGAUGAGCUUCCUGAUGAGCCGGUCUGUGAGUGGGCUGACUUUUCGGAGCAUGAGUUGCUGAGUGCCCUUAAGGGGUGCUCCAAUUCUUCUGCACCAGGACUGGACCAUGUUACAUGGGUCCACCUAAAGGAGUUGCUUAAGGAUAAACAUGUCCUUGCGCUCUUCAUCAUGUUGGCCAACGCUUGCCUCCGGGUGGGGCAUUGGCCACGUAUAUUCAAGGAGUCGCUGUCAGUUAUUGUUCCGAAGCCGAACAAGCCCUCCUAUGCAGUUCCAAAGACUUUCAGGCCUAUAGUACUCCUCAUCACUUUCGGUAAACUUAUCGAAAAGAUGAUAGCCAAUAGGAUACAGUUUGAUGCCGUCAAACAUGAUAUCUUUCACCCAAACCAACCUGGCAGCAUUCACCAGAGGUCCACUGAGGAUGCUGGAUUGAUUCUUACCCAUCUCAUGUGUGUGGGGUGGGUUAAGGGUCUCCAGACUAGCGUGCUGGCCUUUGACAUCACGCAGUUCUUCCCUUCUAUCAACCAUGAAAUGUUCAUGGCUGUUCUUCAUAAGCAAGGAUUCUCGCCAAUCUUGGUGGAGUUCUUUGCCUCAUAUCUAGUUGGUCACUCCACAGUCUACUGUUGGAACACCUUCCAAUCUGACUCACAGUCUGCGGAUGUGGGUGUCGGGCAGGGCUCUGCCCUCUUGCCUGUUAUCUCAGGGUUUUUCAUUGCUCCGCCCAAGACCUAUUGGAGGUACUUGGGCUUCUACUUCGACCGUGGGCUCACCUUCCAUGAGCACGUUUGCUACUAUGCCACCAAGGCAUUCACCACUGUGCAGGCCAUGUGCAUGCUUGGUAACUCUACCAGAGGUCUCUCGCCUAAACAGCGGCGCCUCCUUUAUAGAUCAUGCGUGGUUCCCAUUGCCAUGUAUGGCUAUUGUCUCUGGUAUUUCGAUGGUGCCCGUAAUAAAGGUGCCAUGAACCAGCUGAAGCGGAUGCAGCACAAAGCUGCUCUAUGGAUUACUGGUGCCUUCUGCACCUCUCCCACAGGUGGUCUUGAGGCCUUAGCGGGUCUCAUUCCCGUCCAUCUUAUGCUGAAGAAGUUGGCAACGCGUGCAGUGUAUCGCAUUGCCACCCUCUCAAACACCCACCCUCUGUGCUCCAUGAUGGGCAAGAGACUACUCAAGCAGGCCAAACCACAUGCCCACUCUGCCCCCUUGAUGACCCCAGCUAUGCAAGGGAAAGUCAAGAGCACCAUCAUGGAGGUGGAUGAGCGCGUCCACACCUUAACUGAGAGCUUUGAGCCUUUUGCACCCGAAGCUCGCCCUGGUGACCAGUUACUGGACUGCUAUGUGGACCGUCUCCACUUUGACGAGUGCGAUCCUACCCAGGAUAGGCGCCCAUACCUCGACGAGCUCAUUGCGACAGUGAGGGCCGACCCUUUAACAGUAUUGGCUGCAACCGAUGGCUCUGUCCCUCAGUCCAACCAGUAUCAGGCCGCUUCAGCUGCCAUCAUCUACAAGGGACAUUGUGAGCUUGAAAGGACUUGCUAUGUCUCUGGCAGGGUCACCGCCCCUGAUGCAGAACUCAAUGCCAUUGCAUACUCUAUGGACUCGGCCCAUAAAGCGGUAGACCCUUCCGUGCACUCUGGUCAGGCUUUCAGUCUGUCAGUCUGUCGCGCUCUCCAAGAGUGGUUCGAGGUGGAUGAUCUCCGCUGCAUCACCUUUAUCUAUGUCCCGUCUGCAUUGCGGUGGGACAUCCAUGGUGAGGCGCACAAGUACGUCACCGAACUCAAGGUCAGGGUUGGACGUCGCAAGACAGACAAUUCUAUAGACACGCUCUGCUCUCGAGCCGCACACUCAGUCCUGGAUUCAUGGAGUUCCACCUUCCAGGAUCCAACCUACAAGGGCUCUGAAUUCUUAGAGCUUCAAUGGCCUGACAGGCAGCCAAUACAGCCAUCCUAUCUCAAUGGGGGACCUUGGCUCUCAACAUUCGGACACAGUAUCACUGAGUUCGUUUGUGUCUGCUGGUGUAUAACUGGCCACACACCCAUUGGAGCAUAUCACCGUCGCUUCAAGAUUAAUGAGCCUCAUGGCUGCACUUGUGGGGCUGCUUUGCAGUCUCGCCAGCACAUCCUCUUUUGCUGCCGUGAUAGAUAUUCUGUGCACUAUCCUCGUUUUCUCAGGGAUAUUGCGUCAUUUUUGAAGCACAACCCCACGGUGUUUGGCUUCAACCGGGACCCCUUGGGUGUCAGAUAA